AUGGCUCUGCAUGCUCCUCCCACCACUCGCCACCACUUCCGGAUUCCCCGCCCAAACCUCUCCCGCUUCCAUCAUCGGCUCCCCAAUCCGCCGCCGCCAAAUCUCACUUACAGCGCCGUCCCUCACUCCCACUCUCUACGCUUAUCUCUUCGUUCUUACUCGAUCUCUCCAAUAUGCAGAUGCGCAUCAGUUACGUCUUCAGAUUCUUUCGAUUCGGAUUCGGAUCAAAACUAUGCUUCUCAACCACCUCAGAUCCCUCAACGAAAUAACGUUGCUUUUUUGGAGCUCCUGAAGAAAUCAAGUUCGUUUUUGCCUCAAGUAACCAUCGCCAGUACACUGUUGGCUCUUGUCUUUCCACCUUCUUUCACAUGGUUUACAAACAGGUACUAUGCACCUGCAUUGGGAUUCUUGAUGUUCGCAGUUGGGGUUAAUUCCAGCGAAAAGGAUUUCCUUGAAGCUUUCAAGAGACCAGCAGCUAUUUUUGCUGGUUAUGUUGGUCAAUUUGUUGUCAAGCCUCUUCUUGGAUAUAUAUUUGGCAUUAUUUCAGUAGCAAUGUUUGGUCUUCCAACUACAGUAGGUGCUGGGAUUAUGUUGGUAUCUUGCGUUAGUGGUGCCCAGCUCUCAAACUAUGCUACAUUUCUGACCGACCCACAAAUGGCUCCUCUAAGCAUUGUCAUGACAUCAUUGUCUACUGCUACUGCUGUAUUCGUCACACCAUUCUUAUCGCUUAUGCUCAUUGGAAAGAGAUUGCCUGUUGAUGUAAAGGGAAUGGUGUCCAGCAUUCUGCAGAUUGUAGUUACACCAAUUGUUGCAGGCUUGCUUUUGAAUAGGUUUCUUCCCCAAGUAUGUAAUGCUAUUCGGCCAUUUUUGCCUCCACUAUCAGUAUUAGUAACAGCAUGCUGUGUUGGGGCACCACUUGCCAUUAACAUUGAGUCUGUUCUGUCUCCUUUUGGAUUAACCAUUUUGUUGCUCGUUAUCGCAUUUCAUUUUACGGCAUUUAUAGCUGGGUAUUUUCUUACUGGCAUGGCCUUUCAUGGGGCACCUGAUGUCAAACCAUUGCAAAGAACACUAUCCUACGAGACAGGAAUGCAAAGUAGUCUUCUGGCCCUUGCACUUGCUAAUAGAUUUUUCCAAGAUCCACUUGUAGGAGUUCCUCCAGCAAUUUCUACUGUGAUGAUGUCUUUGAUGGGCUUCUCCCUUGUCAUGGUUUGGACCAAAAGGAAAGAAUAGAUCUUGCAAGUAGAUGUCAAAUUGUUUUGAAGUGGACUACGUCGUUCUGGAUGUAUUGCUUAUGGACUUGGAGAUCGAAUUGAACACCAUACUUUGAUUGUACUCUGUAUCAACUCAUUCUCAUUCUGUAUAUAGUAUCUUAAGUUUGAUCGAGUAUAAUCGUCAAAGUAUACUGCAUGGAAAGAGUUUAUAACGUUUUCCUAUAGCCUGUUUCUAAUACUCGGUGCAACUGCAAUCAGUUGUUACCUGUAUCAUUUCUAAUUGAGGUGUUGAAUGGCUAAUUUCUCUA